CCCAGGCCGAGGAGGGAUCAGCGGAGAUCCGAGCCUCGGGCCUCGGAGAGUGGCUGUCCGCUUGCUUCCACAUUUCGUCCGCAGCCCUCGUCCUGUGGCAGGCGCUCGGCUCAGAGAUGAAUCUCAACUUCACCUCUCCUCUCCACCCUGCGUCUUCUCAGAGGCCCACAUCCUUCUUCAUCGAGGACAUCUUGCUGCACAAGCCCAAGCCGCUGAGGGAGGUGGCCCCCGACCAUUUCGCCAGUUCUCUGGCCUCCCGGGUGCCUCUGCUAGACUAUGGCUACCCCCUCAUGCCCACCCCUACCCUUCUGGCUCCUCACGCCCAUCACCCCCUGCAUAAGGGAGACCACCACCACCCCUAUUUCCUGACCACCUCGGGGGUGCCGGUGCCCGCGCUGUUCCCGCACGCGCAGCACGCGGACCUGCCGGGGAAGCACUGCCGCCGCCGAAAAGCUCGCACGGUUUUCUCUGACUCGCAGCUCUCGGGCCUGGAGAAGAGGUUUGAGAUCCAGCGCUACCUGUCCACGCCAGAGCGGGUGGAGCUAGCCACGGCCCUCAGCCUGUCCGAGACGCAGGUGAAAACGUGGUUCCAGAACCGGCGGAUGAAGCAUAAAAAACAGCUGAGGAAAAGUCAAGACGAACCCAAAGCCCCGGACGGACCGGAGAGCCCCCAGGGCAGCCCUCGCGGCUCUGAGGCCGCCGCCGCCGCCGCCGCCGAGGCCCGGCUGAGCCUGCCCGCCGGCCCCUUCGUGCUGACCGAGCCAGAGGACGAGGUGGACAUUGGGGACGAAGGGGAGCUCAGCUCCGGGCCGCACGUGCUGUGAGCCGCCGGGCUGGGACGGGGAGGCGUGGGAGGAGACCGCGGGGCCCCGGCGCAGUUCUCCCCUACGCGGCAAGACUCGGACUGCGGUUCGCGGCGGGGCUCGGAGUCGGCUCCUGCAAGACGCAAACCCACCGGCCGGGCCUCCAGUCCGCGCGGCCCGCCCUAUCCCCGACCCGGCGAGUCGCGCCUGCGUCCGCUCCUUCUGCGCACCGCGGAUCCUCCUCGUGCCGCGGCCCAAACUGGAGCCUGGGCUCGAGGGCCCCGCUCUCUCCUUCUGUGGGGGACGUUUUCCUCCGCCAUAACCGCAGACCCCCGCCUCCCUCGCCUCUCAGCCGCCUGCGCCUGCCCUCGGCUCUGUUCCCCGGGUCCCGCGGGCUCUCCACUCGGACCCUCUGCCCUCGCGUGGGCAGUCGGAGGGGCUGCAGCUACCCGGCCCGGUGUCUGGGGCCUUGCGCUCUGCGCGGAUCACAGCAGAGCCACAGCGUGAUGCUUCGAACGUCUGGGGCCCGGACAGAGUCUCGCGCUGCUCGCCCCGCACCCCACGCCCCCAGCCUAACUCAAAGACUAAGAGAACUCCCUCCUUCUCCGGGCGGCGCUUCCAUUUCCCCCGGCUCCAGCCGCUUCCCACCUAGCCGCUAGCGGAUCUGCACCCCGGGCACUUUGCUGAGUUUGCGGGGGGCCUCGCGCACCGCCGCCCUGGACGCCCUGCCUCCCGCGUACUGAGCGGCGCGCGAGCUCGGCCGCAGGCUCGGGCAGCGAAACCCGCAGAUGGCCAUUUCUGCUUCCCGAACUUGUUGCGCUCGCAUCCCGCAACUCUUCCGCGUCCCGCCGGCUACUGAUAUUUUUAACAGCGAGUGCUCCUCCGGGUGUUAGUGCAUCGCAGGGAAUGCGACGUUUCAGCCAGGUUAAGUUGUAAAGGAGAACGCUCCGAACAGCCUUAAAGGCUAGGGGUUGCGCGCGUGCCCCUGUUUGCGACUAUCUAGGUGGGGCGGGGGUCUGACCGGCUGCCGUAUUACCGCUCUCCUUUUUCCUUGAGAGGUCUCCUACUGGGUUUGCAGUCUCUUUAGGUAAUAAAGGGCUUGCCGGGCAAAACUGGGGACGAACGCACGUUUCCGGGAAUUGCUGGUCACCGUAGACUCCUACGAGCCCGUCUCCUUCCCUCCGUCCUAGGCAGUGUCCUAUGCCCCGUAGGAAAUGAACUUGCUAGGGACCUUUCGCUAACAGAUCUCGUUCCCCCACUCCGGGUUUUGUGGUUUUAAUCAUUAGAAUUAUGGUCUUGGAAAAGGUCACCGACAUUGUGUGUGUGUGUGUGUGUGUGUCCCUGACAUGCUGAAGGGACAGAGAUCUCUUAAUAUUUGCAGUUUGCAAUUACGCUAACGAAGUGUGUGGCGACGCUGCAUACCCAGGACACUUAUCACAUACAGCAAUCAUGCCAGAGGCGACCUCAGCUCCCCAUCUUCCUUUCACUUCCGGUGGUGUAUUUAGAUGAGUGAGCCCAGGAAGGCUGGAAAGAGUAUGCGGGGCGGAGUCCCGACCCCUGCGUGCUAAUCAUUGGAAUCAUUACACUGGUGUGAGCUUGGGUUACAAGCAGUGUUUUUAGUUCCUCAUUUCUCCAAUAAGGGGAUAAAUUCUAAAGAUCCUUCUAGGUCUAAAUUCCAGGAUUCUGUGAGCAUCCAGUCGGUUUUUUAAAUUAAAUAAUUUUUUGGUUUUGUUUUUACAAUAGGCUUGUUGGGGAAAGAUUACCCGAGGCAGAGUAAAGUGUCAGAGAGCUUUACCCAGGCUGCAUCGUGUAGGAGACAAAACCACUGCUUUCUAAAGCAUAAGCAUUGUACAUUGUUUUGGGUUUUCCAAACUGCCCAAUGAGCUUGUGAGUCACAAUCGACAGGGAUAAUUUUUCCUUUUCGUGGAUGAGAAAAUUGAGGCUGGGCAAGAUUGAAAGAUUUACCCGUGGAUUCAAGCUUUGCUAACAGCCCAAGGAGGAUUAAAUAUUCCUUCUAACUCCCUGUUUACUUCUUUUUCCCAUGCAGUUUUAUUAUUAUUUUUUUUUUCUGGUAACAACGCAUCAGUUGGCCUUUUGUCUCCAUCACUUUAAGAACAUGAGUCUCAUUCCAUUCUGUUGUGCAGAUGUGGCUACAGACAGCAGCAAAUCCCGGCUGAGAUCUCUCUCCCACCUCUCUGAUCCAACAAUGACAGUGCCAUUAAAAGGCAGGAGUUUAUGGCAAAUGCUUAAAAGACUUGGUUGCAGAGACCAGAAAACAUGAUUUGUGGAUGAGAAUGUUACUGGUAACCUGAAAGGGAAGGUAGAUAUUAUGACACGAGAUCAGGGAGCUAAGCGGGAAACCUCAAGUUCUUCUGGUGCCAGGAAGAAAAACAAAAACAAAAACAACUAUUAAGCGGGAUUUGGGGAAAAUCUUAAAAUGAGUAGAAAUAUUGUGUAUCUGGGGAAGAGUGUGUGUGUGUGUGUGUGUGUGUGUACACAAACCCCAAAGCACCAGGCAUUUCUGUCUUCCCCUGCCUUCACAAGACGCCAGGGCUUACUCCGGGUCUAGGAGGAGCAGAUUAGGUGCAUCCCAUAUCCUUUUGUCAGGAAAAAGCAGGUGAAUGGGAAACACUGUUGGCUUAUGCACAGCUGUGCCUGGACCUAAGCUUGAUGAGUAUUAAACAUGGGAAGGUGCU